GCCUGACCGUCCUCACCCUUCUACUUCUUAGGGCAGAAAGAGCAGGCUCUCCUCUCUGCUUUCUGUAAGUGACAUGGUGUUACAGAAGGCACAGAGUUCAGAUCUUUGAACUGCCUCAGAGAUAAGACAUCACGAGAACCCUGAGCGGAGAAAACGUUCGCUCUGUGUAAAUGGGGAAUGGGACUGCCUGAACCCCAGGAACCUCUUCUCAUUCAAGUUUGUCUUCACCCUCUCCCAGCAAUUGAAAGAAUUCAGAAAAGGCCCUACUCCCAAGACAGACAGAGACAAAGCCAAGCGGACUGUAGGGAGGAGGGGGAAGUGCUGGAGACGGCUCGGUGGGUAGCACAAGCUGCUCUUGUAGAGGAGCCACCUGUACCUCCAGCGCCAAGGGAGCUGAUGCCCUCAUCUGGCCUCCACAGGCACUGCACUCACCUGCACAACCUCUUCUCCCCAUUGCUCACUGCCCUAUCCAACAUACAGAUCCAUAAUUAAAGGAAAAAGCCUGGAAAUUUGACACAAAUUUUGUUUAGAAGCAGAUAAAAGCUCACAGAACAGGCAGUGCUCAUAUUGUGAGGAAGAAGGACAGGUGAGCCAUUGAUCCUUCUUGUGUCUGUAUUUACCACAGAAAGAAGGAACAGCCAGUCAGACUGAAGACAAAAGACAGGUUUCCUGGUAGAACAGACCGACCAGGUUGGUGUCUGUGAGGGGCUCAGAGCCUUCUUAGGAAAUGGAAACACUGGUGUUGGCCCUUGCUGUGUGUGGCUGCCAAGAUGGCUCAGCAGUACAGGUAUUUACCGCCAAGACUAAAGACCCGAGUUUAAUCUCUGGACCCAUGUGGUAGAAGGAAAAAACUGACCUCCACAUACGCUCUGUGGAGAGUAUGUCUCAGCUCCCUCCCCCAGGUAAAUGAAUAAAUGAAAAAAAGGAGCAUGUUAGGGGGUCCAAGAAAGAAAGAGCAUUACUAAAAGCUAAGACUAAGAGGUCUGGGAGAGGAGCUGGAGAGGUGGCUCUGUGGCUACGAGCACUUACUGCUCCUCUAGAGGGCUCUGGUUCAGUUCCCGGUCCGGCAGCUCACAGCUGUCUGGAGCUCGAGCUCCAGGGGAUCAGGUUUUACUGCCCCCCGGAACCUACAAUUACGUGCACAUGUGUGUGCAGACACGCCAUCAGAGAGGAUGGCAUGAAAAAUACAUUUUCCAGUCAGGCGGCGGCCUCACACACCUUCAAUCUCAGUCGGGGCUAGACCAAGAAACCCUGUCUCAAAAAACAAAUAGAUCUUUGGAAAAGGUCAUAGGCCAUUCUGCGCUACAUACUAAGUUCAAGGCCAGAGCCACAAAGUAAAACCCUAUAUGUAUUUGGGUUUUUGUGAGGGGGAGGGGGCGGUUUUUAGACAGGGUUUCUCUGUGUAGCCUUGGCUGUCCUGGACUCACUUUGUAGACCAGACUGGCCUUCGAACUCACAGAGGUCCACCUGCCUCAGCCUCCCACAGCACUGGGAUUGGUUGGUUGGUUGGUUGGUUGGUUGGUUGGUUGGUUGGUUGGUUGGAGUCAGGGUUCCUCUGUAGCCCUGGCUGUCCUGUAACUCAACUCUGUAGACCAGACUGGCCUACAACUUAGAGACCUGCCUCCCUCUGCCCCUGAAAUUUACAUUAGUCACAGAGUGAAUUAUGAGAGCAAAGAUUAAAAAACUGAAUUCCUGCCAGGUAUGGUGGUACAGGUCUGUGCUUGUCUUUAAUUCCAGCACCUGGGGGAGGGGGGGAACGACUGAAAACAGAGGCCAGAGCACUGGGUCCAGUCAUAGAAAACCACAGACAAGCUGGGCAUAGUGGCACAUGCCUUGAUCCCAGUACUUGGGAGGCAGAGGUAGCCUGGUGUACAUAGUAAGUUCUAGGCCAGCCCAGGCUGAGUAUUGAGACCCCGUCUUAAACAUAGACACACAGGUGGGAGAUUCAUGAGACAAAGCCUACAAGGCUCAUCCUAGCCUGGAUGCACUGCAUCUAGAACAUGCAGAUAGAAACCCAGUCCAGAAGUGAGGGACCACUGCAGUAGAGCAAUUGCCUACACUUGUCUAGCACACAAGGCCCUGGGUUUGGAUUUAAUCCCCAGAACCGGAUGGAUGGAUGGACGGACGGACAGAUAUAGGUAAAUAAAUAAAUCUGAAGACAUCUCUUGUAAGUUGGUUCCAGUAAAGAACUUUCCUGUUGAACAAAAGAGAUAUGGAUAAAUGAAGUCUUCAAAUAUGUGAGAGGCUUUUAAUAUGGAAUGAGACGUUCUGAGACUUCGAAGUGCAAGCUAAGACCUCUGAUGGCUAAGGCCCACUCAGCAUCAGGAGAAUGUGUGCAAAGAAAGGGUAAGUUCCCCAGGACCAGGGUGGGAAGAAGGCAAAGGUAAUCACAUUUUAUUCCUGACAUUUGGAAAACGCCAGCUCUGUGCUUUCCGUUUUCUCCUGGGGAGCAGUUAAUUUUAUUGUUCCCGAAUGUAACUGAGGAAAGUCGGGCUGAGAGCGUGGACAGCUUGCUUUGCUCAUGGCUGGGGUAGGACCUUGAUGUGGUCCUUCAGGUUAGGCUGGAGACACACGUGGCCCACUAGCACCUGCACUGCAGUGAUGUGAGGGACAGCUGCCCUGACUUUGAGUGACGGUCUCUCCUAAAGCAGGACCCUCGCUGCCAGCUCCAGCAGCACAUUAGAAGCAGAGCCAGGAAGACGGUGCUUGACCAGAGGGAAUUGAACGGCGUGAUGCUCCACCGCCCCACCAUCCCCAAAAGGACUCUGCCCUUAAGUCAGCCCGCCUAGGUGUGGGGCUGGAAAAGGCAAAUGGUUGGACCUGGCAGUGACGAGCGUUGGCCACAAGGUGGCAGCAGAGUUUCCGCUGUGGAGGCCUGUUCCCCAGGUCUCUCGGGCAAAGAUGGGCCUGUCCACAACAUUUACAAAGUGAGGAAAGGAAUGGGCUGUGGUCCCAGGCAGGGGUGGAGACCAAGCUGGGUCACCCUAGCCCACUCUUAAUCCUAGUUCCUUCCCAUUGAGGACAUCAAGAGCCAGGGGUGAGCAACUGACACUCUCCAACCUGUUGAAGGAUUGGGGGUUCUUGGAAGCCUCCCCCAGGGCCUAGCUCUGACAAACUGUCUGCAAUUAAUGAUGCUUCCUGAGCUCUGGAGACAGGAUUUAUGCAUCUAAUAAAGUCUAUAACUCCAGGCUUAGGCUGGGGGUAGGAAGCUGAGAGCGGAAAGUCUCCGGGGGGCAUGGGAGGGGUCCCAGCUGGCUCUUAAUGGAGCCAUGCAUUUCCAUUGCCUGUCUAGAUUUCCCUCUAGGCUGCUGCUGAGAGGGUGCAGGGACAGCAAGUAUAAGAGAACGGGUAAACUAGCGGAGAGGCAGAAGGCAGCAUGGAUUCCAAGCGGGCUGCUGUGCUGCUGCUGCUGCUGCUGCUGCUGGACUGGGGCCACACUGAAGAGCUGGGGAGCCGGGGUGGAGCCCAGGUCAUUUCAGAAGAAGAAAAGGGACCCCACCCACCACAAGAUGCCCAGACCCGCAGGUCCCUCUUGCGUUUUCUGCUCCAGGCCACGGGGAGACCUGGUAGAAGCCCAGUCUUCCUGUUUCAGCCCCAGAGGUUUGGCAGAAGUACCUGGGGGUCCUGGAGUAAGGAGCAGCUAAAUCCUCAGGCUGCGGAGUUCUGGAGCCUGGCAGCCCCGCAGCGCUUUGGAAAGAAGUAACAUCAUCCCCUCUAAUAUGUCUGCAUGCAGAAUCGCCACCCUGUGUGCCUUGUAUACCCCCAAAUAAAAUAAAAUGGCCUGG